AUGCUUAGGGCCUCUAGGAUUCAUUUUUGUGCCAUAAAUUCUUCAAAAGCAACUGCGCAUUCAGGAGUAGCAUACUAUGCUAAUGUCGCCUGGGAGGGUAUUCGCCAUGUAUACCACGGUUUUCGUCUUUUUUUCAUGAAUACAAGCUUGGCUUGGAAGUAUUCUCGUCAACUUAAGGCGGGCGUUGCCCUUACCCGUCGGGAACGUUUGCUUUUGGAAAGUGCUACAAAGGAUCUUGUCCGACUUGUCCCCUUUAGUUUUUUUAUCGUGGUGCCGUUUGCUGAGCUUUUGCUUCCCGUCGCAUUAAAAAUGUUUCCAGAUUUGAUUCCUUCAACUUUUGAAACGAAUAGUCAGGGUCGUAGCCGAGCGUUUUCUGCUGCCCUGGGAACGCUUCGUGCACGACAGCGCGUGAUGGAAUAUUUGUCUACCACUGCAUUUGUUAGUUUCACUAAGGAACAGCAAGAGGUGGUGCGUUCUUGUGCAUUGGGGGGGUCUGUGAAUGCUUCGCAGAUAAAAUUGAUAGCUCCUCACUUUGGCCGUGACGGACCACUAAGUGUCUACAAAUGUCCUGACAGCGUUGCGUUGGGAUUAGCUCGAACGGUUGGUGUUUUUAAAUCAUACCACGGUUUUUUUCCAACUAAAGUAAUAGCACCUUACAUGCGGCGGAAGGUAAUACGUCAUUAUCACAAGACUCGUGAAGACGAUCGUUUGCUUCGGCUUGAAGGGCUUGAUGAUUUAACAGAUGAGGAACUGAUAAAGGCCAACCUUGUCCGGGGCAUGCGUUGGACAGAGGAUGCUGAAACACUCCGUAUUCAGCUGGAAUGGUGGGUUUCACUUGGUCGGGACCCUGAUGUGCCAUACAACACAUUAUUUUGGGUUAAACCUACCCGUUUCAGUUUGAAGGAGUCUAUGAGGCGAUUACCCCUUGAGCAGCGUCGUCAGAUGUUAGGUAUUCAGUAUCUCCCUGAGGGUGUUCGUGGGAAUCUGGAGACACUCUGUGAAACUGUUGAUACCGUUCCCACUUUGGGGGAUGACCGUAUUGAUGCUGAUCGAAUCCUGGAAAAGCUUGAAGAUCUAAGUGCAAAGACGAAAAGCAGUGAUAGGGAUAUAUCUUUUCACGACAUACAGGUAUCCUUUGGUGCAUAUUUGACGGAGGCAAAUGUGAAGAUGAUGUUUGAGCGCAUUCGCAAGGGCAAAACCGCGAAUGAAAGCGUAACUGUUUCUGAUGUUAUAGACUUCAUAGGAAGUGAAACACACAAUUCAUCCCAUGUGGUGUCCACUGUUUUUGACGCUUUUGACCAAGGUCAAGGAGCGAAACCCAUUACAGAGGCCACGUUGAUUUCUAUUGGAGCUCGAUGUAGAGGAGCAUCAAAGUCUAGCACUGAUGAUGCAUCUCAAAAGCCAACUGAUUCAUCGUCUGAUGGGGUAAAAAGAAAAUAA